UUUGCGUUUCUAACGUCGCGGAAAAUGCGGCUUCUGAGCUCCCUUUCGCGGAUUUUUGGGGUUGUAAAUAGAAAAGCAUCAACUCGUGCUGUGAGAACAGUUGCACUAAUUCCAGGUGAUGGAAUAGGUCCAGAGAUAUCUGCAGCUGUUCAAGAAAUUUUCAAGUUUGCCAAAGUUCCAAUUGAAUGGGAUCCGGUGGAUGUAACACCUAGACCUACAGGAGAUGGACGAUUUCGAAUGCCACAAGAAUCACUGGAUAUUAUACGUAAACACGGGAUUGGAUUGAAAGGUCCACUGGCUACUCCAAUCGGUAAAGGGCACCAAUCUUUAAACUUAGCUCUAAGAAAGGAGUUCAAUCUUUACGCUAAUGUUCGUCCGUGUAAAUCUAUUGAAGGCUAUGAAACACCUUACAAAAAGGUUGAUUUAGUCACAGUAAGGGAAAACACUGAAGGUGAAUACUCUGGCAUUGAACAUGUGAUAGUAGAUGGUGUUGUACAAAGUAUAAAAUUGAUCACUGAAGAGGCAAGUCGUCGUGUAGCCAAAUUCGCUUUUAAAUAUGCUAAAGACAAUGGACGUCGGACUGUAACAGCUGUGCAUAAAGCCAACAUCAUGCGUAUGUCAGAUGGUUUAUUCCUUCGAGUUUGUCGUGAAGAAGCUAAUAAUCAUAGAGAUAUUGAAUUUCAAGAAAUGUUUCUAGAUACCGUUUGUUUAAAUCUUGUUCAGGACCCAACGCGUUUCGAUGUAUUGGUUAUGCCGAAUUUGUACGGAGAUAUAUUGAGUGAUUUAGCAGCUGGUUUAAUCGGUGGAUUAGGUGUUACACCAAGUGGUAAUAUUGGUGAAACUGGAGCAAUCUUUGAAUCGGUACAUGGUACCGCUCCGGACAUUGCCGGUCAAGAUCGUGCCAAUCCAACAGCUCUCUUAUUUUCAGCUGUUAUGAUGCUUCGUUAUAUGGAGUUAAAUGAUUAUGCGAAUUUAAUUGAAUCCGCAGUAUUGGCUACAAUUCGUGAAGCGAAAUGCCUUACAGCUGAUCUUGGCGGUCAUUCAACCUGUUCGGAGUAUACAAAAGAAAUAUGCCGUAAAAUUGAACAGUUAGGUUGAACACCAUACAUAAUACAUAUCUGCUAGAGUUGUUGUUUAGGUGCGUGCGUGCUCGAGCUGGCGCGCACGCACCCGCGUGUGUGUGUGUGUUUGUGCGUGUUUAGUAUAGAUAGAGCUCAGCUGUUCGUAAAAUUUUUUUACUCAAAGUAUUUAGCUUCUUAAUUAUGUAUUCUUGUAAUACUGAGGAUAAUCACCUUUUUGUCAACUGUAUUAUUAUUGUUAUUAUUAUCUAGUAGAUUUAUCCUUCACAUCUUUAUUAUUCUGAGUUGUUGUAUGUUAUUAGUAGUUAGAAGGCGCGUGUUAGUUGUUCUGAAUGCAACGUUAACGACUGGAUGAAUCGACUUCACUUCAAAGUACAGUACAGUACAGUCCAGUACACCAUUUAUCCCCUAAUACAUUUCAUCCUUACCCUAGCCUGCCUUCUUUUUCCCCCCUCUAAAUAUUGUUGUAAAUGUAUGAAUUCGUUCUGGUCGUUUCUUGUGUGUGUGUAUGGAUGUGUAGAGUUGUAAUAUAAUAAAUAACACUGUGUAGAGAGGUAGAGAGAGAGAGAGAGUUAGUUGGAUUUUUCUAUCUGUGUGCAUUUUCAUCUUUAAUGAUAAAAAUUAUGAAAUACAUAUUUCGUCUUAUA